CACGGAGAGGGGGCGCUGCAGUUUCACGUGACUGAGUCCCGCAGACGAAGAAGAAGACUUUGAAUUGUUGUUGUCGCAUGUUGCCUCCUUUACAAGUUCACGCAGCUCUUUAACCGUCAAAGAGUCAGCCAGCACCUGCUGAAACCCUCUGAACACAGCAGACUCGGUGUUCAGGAGGCGUUCAGAGCCGCUUGACGCGAGUUUAUUCUCGGUUUGUACGAUGUUACACUGAGGCGCUAGCUCACGUUGUUCCUGGAUGCUAGCUGUCAGUAGCUAACGGUGAUGUCCUCGUCGUGGACAGAUCGUCAGGGACAGGUGAGACACCUGGGACAGCAGAGCAGAGAGGAGCUCCAGGAGCUGCUCCUGCGACAGGAGAAGAUACUGUCCAACAAGAGGUUAGUACAGACUCUUCCUGACAAAGGGAAAAAGAUAAAAGAAUUUGCAGAGAAAGUGCGCCUUGCCAUUGAACACCGCGAUGAAGAGGAGAGGAGACAGAGCUUGGUGUCUGCUGCCAGGACAGAGCUACAGUCCAAGUAUCAACAGGCGUUCACCAUGCAACAACGUGCUGUCCCCAACAUGCCAGCAGCCUCACACCAAAACAGGAAAAGUGAGGCUGCUGCAGAUGAUGCGAUGCAGGAGAGGGAAAUCUCACCUGCCUCAGCUGAUGUGCAGGAAAACAACACUUUGGACGAGCAGCAGGACCAGUUUGUCUCCGGGACGGCAGCUGGUGAAGCCAUGGAGACGGCUGCUGCUGGGGCCUCUCUGAACUCUGAUGAGACAAAAGAGGGUGACCUUGUGGAGGCCUUGGAAAGGGUCAGACUGUCUGAAACUAGUACUGGUUUCACUAGCAAGUCCAAAGACCCAUUACACAGCACAGCAAGAGACAAUUACUUUCUCAGAAAUCAGAUACCAAAAAAGCCUCACUAUAUGACUGUCUUCGAAAAAAACGAGAACACUUCAGCUCCCCGGAAGCAAAAAUUCAAACCAAAUCAGCUGCCCAACAGAAGUGACAUCUCUCCAUCAGGAUCCUCGUCACCCAGCCAGUCUUCUGAAGGAUCGUCGCCGCUCUCUGCACAGGCCAGGAGGGAGCGGGACAGAAAACAUCUGGAUGACAUCACUGCAGCUAAACUCCCUCCUCUUCAUCACAGUCCAGCACAGCUUAUCUCUCUGGAUGAGUCAGCCGCCCUCAUGAAGGAACAAACCAAGAAGCAGCUUGAGUUGCAGGCCAAGCUGGCAGCCCAGAAACUGUCUGAGGGAUUGAAGAUCUCUAUGGGGAGUUACACUCCUGACGGUGGCCCCAUGGCUGCCUACAGAGAGGUUCAUGAUGAAGGAGCCCAGCUCUCCUCAGAGGAAGACUGAUCCUGGAAGGCCAGAGCUGGGGAAACCAGUAUGACCUUGGCCCUGAGGGAAACAGGCUUUGGACCUCGCAAUCAGGACCCAUCAAACAGGAUUUUCACUCCAAGGACAAGAAUUCUUAAGAGAGGAAAAGGGUCUUUGCACGGUGUGAAGGCAUUGGUAUCCCAGACUCAGCUCAGGAAACUGAAUGGCAGGUUGAGAAACUAGCUUACUUAAUAGUCAUUCAGUUCGUCUUUGGGUUGUUUCAGAGUCCCGCAGGAAUAAUAAUACCUGCUGUUAAAUGCUAAAUGUCAGUACAUUGAAACAUUGAUGAUGUCAUGGCUUUUUUGAGCCGCAGAGUAUUAUACGUUGAAAUUUCUAUUUUAGUGUGUUAAUAAUUACAUGCACUUAGAGCUCAUCAGCAGGUGGAGGAGCCGACUGUUUACAGUUUUGUCUUGAAAAUAAACAUCAGCCUGCAGAUUUAAUUAUUACAGAAUGUGUGAGAGAAUUGAAUAAAUACAUCUGAUUUCCCAAA